CUCAAGUAUAUAUAGGAGGAGCGCUCGUCGACUGUACAUUCGUAGGUUCGACUCCUUGGAGACCACACGUACUCGCAAAAAUGAAACUGCUCCUGAUCUCCGCUCUCCUCGGUGUAGCCGCCGCCGGCAUUGCCCCAGCCUACCCCGAGCAGUCCAACCGGCCCCAGGCCUCCUUCGAGAGGAACGCCAAGAUCCUGGCGCUGGACUCCGACGUGAAGGAGGGCAACUUCAGAUAUAACUACGAGACGGAGAAUGGAAUUAAGGCUGAGGAGCAGGGUCAUGAGGCUGACGGCAUCGAAUCCCAGGGUGGUUUCCAGUACACCGGUGACGACGGCCAGGUCUACUCCAUCUCUUUCGCCGCCGGCCAGGGAGGCUUCCAGCCCCAGGGCGCGCACAUCCCCACCGCUCCCCCCGUCCCUGAGGAAAUCCUGAAGGCUCUGGAACAGAACGCUGCUGAUGAAGCCGCUGGUAUCAUCGAUGAUGGUCAGUACAAACCCGAGCAGCACGGCGCCGGCGCCGCUUUCGGUCACCAGCAGCAAGGUUUCGCGCGUGCGCAAGCCAGCGCCGGCUACAGAGGCUAAAUAACGCUAUCUCACUCUAACUCUAAGGUUUCAACAACUAAUCAAAACGCUGUCUCAGGACAACGAGCCAAUAGCAACGUACGUACAUGACAAUAGCUAGAAACAAUUGAAGUUAAAGAUGCAAACAAAAUUAAAUACAAAGAAAUAGUAUACGAAGAAUCAAUUGAACUAGAAUAUGAAAUUGAAAGUAAUUGUGAAAUAUAUGAAGUAAUAUAGUUUAUAAUUACUUACACUCAUACUCAUAAAAUACCUAUUGAUAGUAAUGUUGAAAUCGAUGAAGACAAAAGUAGAAUAGAGGCUGUUGAAGUGACGUCAAAAAGAACCAAACCAAAAGAAAUAAUCAAAAUCCUAAAACACUAAACCUUUUUAGUUGGAAAUUGAAAAACUUCGAAAUAGUAUUAUAGAAAAUCAAGCGUAAAGUUUGAAAAUGGACGUCAUUUCUAUAGAUUCUGUUGUAAAUUUUGUGGUUUGUUACAAUGGUUAAUACUCUGAUCUUAGCAAUAAUGACCAUGAUGAUGUGGGUGAAAUUAUUUAUUCUGUGAAUAAAACGACAUUUUUUAUAAA